AUGAAAAUAUAAAAUAGAACUAAUCCAAUAUUAGCAUAAUAGAAUUGCUAUGCAGGAGUGAAACUGAAUUUCAACACUAUGGAAGAUCAUUAAAAGGAAGGCAAUGAAGAAAAAAGGAUGAACACUAAUCAAUAUAACUCAUUGAAUUAGACAAUACAUCCGUCUCCAAAACUCAAGACCAUAUCAUUAUCAACUUACACAAGUACUCAGAGUCCUGAAUUAAGAGACAAGGAGAUCAGACAUGAAUAGAUAUCGUAGUUUAAAUAAUUGAUUACCUAAACCAAGUAGAGUUUGGAGAACAUAAGUAUCUCAGAUAUGCAACAAAGUAUUGAGAGAGUAUUCGACCAAACCAUUUAGCCAUUACUAUAAUUAAAGAGUGAAGUGCUGAAACAUAUUGAAAAGUGUAUCAAUGCUGAAUAAUAUCAAAUACGUUCUACCAUUGAAUCUUUAAAGAAGAUGGAGUAAGACAUCCUUUCAAAUGAGUUCAACAUUAUAGAAUAUAUGGCUAUGGGUCCAUUCAAUGAAAUUAUGUUGAUCUAUCAGAAAAGAUUCAAGGAACACUCCAUCUUUGUUUAGUAGUUAAAUUAAUAAGAUAUUGUCAUGCAUCAGUUCAAAUAGUUGCAUGAUAACUUUACUCAACAAAAUCAUUUGUUAUGUAAGCAAUUAUAACAAUCUUUGUAAAACUACUUAUCGUUAUAUAUAUCAUUCUAAAACAAGGAAGAUUUUUAUGAAAUGAAGGAACUCAAUAAGAUUUAAUAACAAAACCAAUUUAUUAAUAACUUUCAAGAAAACCUGUUCCAAACAUGCGAAACCAAUAAUUCAAUUGAUGAAGAUUAGGUGAUUAUGAAGGAUUAACAAGUGGUCAGAAUUCCAGACAAGACUUCGGUUUAAAUUGCUAAAAGAGUUUGUUUCCGUCAGAAUCACCUCAAUUCAAGAAUUGAUUAUAUAUUUAAUUUAAUGUUAUUAGAAAUCAAAAAUUUCUAAUUUAUUCCUUAAUCAUCAAUAAUCUCACUCGACAAUGUUCUAACUAUCAAAGUUCUCAAAAUUUAAUCUAACAGUUAAAUCUAUUGUUAAGACAGAUAUUUUAUUUUGGCAAUUUCAUAAACUGAUCAACAAGAAAAUGAAGAAGAAAUUGAAACACCUCCUCUAUAUGAAAAUCAAACAUUUGUUUAUUAGUUCACCAAAGUUGGAAAUUAUGUCAUACAAUGCCUCAAUUCAAUCCCAUUUAAAGCAUUUAUUUCAGUAAUUCAAAACCAAAACGAGAUAUCUGCAGUCUAAAAGAUGCAAUAAACCAAAAUCAUUGAAUAAAAACUAGUAAAACCAUAACCUAAAGUUGACUUGUAUGCUCCAGAAAAUAGAAAAUUCAAAAUGUUAGGCAGUCAAGAAACCAACAUGGCCUCCACAAUAAUUCUAGAGCAGAUAAAAGAAAAAUGUUUAGGAGAAGAUACAAAUAUUGAUAUAGUAGACUUGAUAAUGAACAAUAAAUCAAACAGCAAUAUCGAAACCGGGUCCACUUUUAAUAGUUCUUUUUAGUAACCAUAAAAUAUUGUGACAAUCAAGACGGAUACAUAUUCAGAUUCAGGCAAAUCAGAAGUUAAUACCAUUCUAAAUAGGAAGAGUUCGGAUCCAAUCAUCAGCACUCCUAAAGUUCAAGAUAGAAUCAUGCUAACUAGGUAAAAGCAAUAGCAAUUGAGUAUUUCAGAGAAAAUUCAAUAAGCCAUCUUAGAUUCAAAGUAAAAAGAGAUUGAUAUUCUAAAGAAUCAAGCAGAUUUCAAGAAAACUUACAUCAAAGGAAUGAGCAUCAUAAAUUAUUUGGAAAUUGAAUAUCUUAUGAACAUCUCGAAAAAAGCAAUUGUAAAUAAUGAAAUGCAAAGUUGA